AUACAAAUAAUAGCUAAGGACCGCGGUAGAAGGACCUGCACGCUUCGUCACAUGGCCAUCGCGAAUUAAACCCGUUUUAAUUUUUUUUCGUGGCCCCACAACUAGUUCAUUACUCGUGCGUUGCUACACAUUCUCGAUCUCGGUCGCCGCGGUGUCAAUUGGUGAUGAUGUUGAGACAUCUCAGCCUGGGCCGACAGCGCUAACCAUCCAUAGCAGCACACUAUCGUCGUCACUAUAGUGAUAGGCUGUGGAUUUCCUCGGGCUUAUCGGUUUCAUUUUUUUCGCAAAGAGAGCGUUACAUACCCGUGUGCCAUUUUGUGGAAAUCGUGUGUGCAUCGUUGGCAACGUUUAGUUAUUGCUACAAGUGCGGAAUCUAUUGGUCUUGGGUGGAAUUGAAGCGCCAUCGGUUGGUGCACGUGGUGUGUGUGAUGUAGAACGAAACACGCAACAGAUAGAAAUAGGAUCAAUACUGGAGUCAGAGUGCAGAUUGGAAGCACUGACAUAAUGUCCGUGCCGCAACCGUUGCAGAACUCGUCAGCGAUAAUUCAACAGCAACAGCAACAGCUGCAGCAUCAACACCAACACCAACACAAGCAACAACAGCUCCAGCAGCAGCAGCAGCAGCAACAGCAACAACAACUCCAGCAGCAGCAACAGCAAAAACAGCUCCAGCAGCAACAACAGCUCCAGCAGCAACAACAGCUCCAGCAGCAGCAACAACAGCACGAGCAACAGCAGCAGCAGCAACAGCACGAGCAACAGCAGCAGCAGCACCAGCAGCACCAACAGCAGCAACAACUACAUCCACAAACGACCAGCGGUAUACAGUUGGCUGAUGGUAGCGGUCAGGCUUGCCAGUUUAUACCGGAAUCCAUAGCUUCAGCGGUAGCCGCAUCAGUUGCACUGCCGCCUGCACCAAGGGCAGGUACUGCUCUGCAGCAAUAUCGUAAGAUCGCACCGAAACCACCAUUGCCAUUGUCAUCGACACCACUCCAACCGAAGGUAGCCGUGCAACAAGCUGACACCACCGUAAUAAAAAAGGUCAUCACGGUCCCAACUAAUCCUAGUUUGAUCACCUACGGUACCGCAGCUCAGAUAAAGGCCGGUGCCGGUGCCAACGCCAUCGCCGAUCAGUUAGCUUCAACCAGUGGCCCUAUCCCGUCCGUCAUUCAAAGACAUCCCAACGUACACACAGUAGCAGCUCCGCAGGUAAAGACUAUCACGAUGCCAUCUAACACGGUCGCUUCGUCCGCUUCUGUAGUAACAGUAGCCGUCUCCGCACCAGCGUCUGGCGGAGGUGGCACUUCUCUGCUACUCAAUAAGCAAUUGUUACCACAAACGCAGCAACAACAGCAACUAUUGCAGCCUCUGGCAACACCAUCCAGUAGCUGUAACAGCGCUCCUAGCUCGCAGCUGGUCAACAAAGUGCUCCUUCCAAAUGGCAGCAUUAUCCCUGCUACUGUGGUGAGCAGUUCCAUCGUCCCUCCACUUUACAUGCCUUCCACCAAAGUGGGCAGUAGCCUUCUAAUGAAGCCAGUCAUUGUCAGUGGCGCAGGCAGUGAUACUAGCGAACAGCAAACCGUAAAACGCAUUCCAAUCGUGGUGCAGUCAUCGCAAACGGGACCAGGUGCGAUAAACAUUCAACAGAAACAUAUGCUAGCACCGUUACCGAAGCUGUCACCGUUCAAGACGACGACGAUGACGACGGCGACUGUUGCGCCCCCCAAACCGAGCGAAUUUUCAGUACCGUUCCCUGUAGCUGAACUGAAGAGCUCAGUUACCACCGUAGGCAUGGUAGUGCAAACGACGGUUCCCAACAGCACUACCACCAUAACUGCUAUGAACCACAACAACAAUAUACCUUCCGUCAUACGGAAGACUGCAAUUGAGGGUAUGCCAACCAUUGAACUUGCUAGAGUAGAAAGAAUUGUAGCUACGGAAGUAAGUAACGAUGAUGGUACCAAGAGCGAAGAUUCAUCGAUUAAUCAUGACGAGAGUGUGGCACCUCAUUCAGCUCGUCCUGAAUCAGUCGUUGUUUGCAAAGAUCAAAAUGCUGCUCAGGAUGAGGCUGCCGGCAAACUUCUGCCUGCCACUGCUAAUCGGCCACGUGUCGUGGAACUUGAAAUCGAUACUGUCGUUAGCAGGGUGGUAAUUGACGAAAAUCCUCGUUCUUGUGUCAUCGAGCCACCUUUGAAUGCAAUGGUUGCUACGCUCAAGAAAAGCGAACGCAUGCUUAAGCGUGCCAUGUCAACGACGGAAAUUGACCCGCAAUCAAUCGUGGAACCUGCGCCUACUCGAAGCAAUUCUCUAAUUAGAAACAGGAGGCCUUCCGCCAUCCCGACCGAUGAAACGCUGGUUUCUCUCCUUAAGCAAAAAUGGAGUCAAAUGAAAAACAAUAACCAGCGGCGAUCUACCGCUGCCUGCGAUUCGUCUGUAAUGCAAAGUGAUAGAAAACCCAGCCCUAGAGUGUUUGGGAUGAGGCCCGACGAUUCGAUUGCCGCGGAACUGUGUGAGUCAAAACCGGAUCUGCUUUUGCUGUGCAACGAAACGAUCGAACAAACAGAGCCAGAGCAAGCGAUAAAGCAGGAAAAACCAGAAAUUGCGACGAAGAAGAGGCGUAAGCAGCAGUUCCAAAGCAUUCGUCAGCCGGUUGAAAAAGAAAGACCGGAUGUAGCAGUAAAGUGUGAGAAUGACAAGACAACCAACGUGUGCCAUCCGAAAAAACAAUCGAUUGCGGGUAGUGACAUUGGUAGUGUGAGGACCGUAUCCAGCUCCUCGGAAAGCACUGUCGGAAAACAACAGGACGUUCAAGAGCGUGAUGAGCCCAAAGGCUCGGCAAAGAGAAAACAAUCUUUGAUUAAGACCAAGAAGGGGGCCGCUACUGAUGCAGCCAACGCCCCUGCAGUAGCAGCAACAACAACAGUUCGGGGCAAAGUUGGGCGCAAAAAGGGGAAGGAACACACGGCGUCCGAGUCAUCGUUCAGUGUGCAGGAUGACAAAGAUAGUAAAGAUGAGACCAGCGGUGGUUAUAUUGUCGAUACCUCGACUGCCGCUGACCAUCUUCGUUGGUUUGAUGGUAUCGGCUAUCUGGCCGAGAGCUCACUGCACUUUGAAUUCAACCAUUUCGGACUGGUAUUGCCGAUGGCAGAGAAAGACUAUCAGUUUCAUUGCAAAACCGAUGUGUACGCUGCACUCGAAAAUCCGCUCGCCAAACGCAGCCGAAAGGAUAUUCAUCCGAUCGCAGAUUCACAGCGUUUACAGGAAAAGGACGAAGAAAAUGAACAAACAAGCGGCGGAGCAUCGGCUGUCAACCGUAAGCGCAAAGCUUCCGGUAGUUCCAGCAAAGUCGAUCGCUACUGCUGCAUGCAAUGCGGUCAGUGUGGCCGAGCGGUAGACUUUGUUACGCCCGAAAUCUGUAGCAUCACGUGUCUGAAAGGCUCCAAAAAUAAGAUUCUCAUCGAAUACAUUAAACGCUCGACGCACGCCUCGAAUAUGCACCAAACGACGAAGAAUCAAGAAAAUCCGACAAACGUAAAGAAGCUCGCCGCAGCAAAGAGCCGUCGAUCGGCACGUGCAGCAACCAAAAAGCUGCCGUUAGAAGCGCCGGAGCUGCCUAUGACGACUACAGGCACUACGACAACUAGCGAUGACGACUCGAUGAGUUCGCUUAGCCUCAAUUCGAGCGCUUUUCUGAAGAACUCCAAGAGUGAAAUACGUUCUUUGCUUCCAUCGCCCCCCUUCACGCCGAGCAGUAAUGGCAGUGCGGCGGCUAGUGGUAGCGUCAGCAGUACCACCAAUGAGGAAACUGUCGACUUUAGCUGGGCCAAGUAUCUAAAGUGGUGCGAAGCUGAAGCAGCACCCGAGGACCUGUUCAGUGGAUGCAAGGUGAUGUUCGAGAGCGUGGUCAAUCCCUUCAAGGUGGGAAUGAAGCUGGAAGCGAUCGACCCAGAGAACAAUUCCCUGUUUUGCGUGUGCUCGAUAGUGAAGGUGUGCGGUUAUCGAAUGAAGCUUCACUUCGAUGGCUACCCAGAGGAGUACGAUUUUUGGGUAAAUGCCGAUUCUCCCGAAAUUUUCCCGCCGGGUUGGUGUAGCCAGACGUUCCGCGCACUGCAACCACCGCGUGGCAUGAAGAAUGAAGCGUUCCAGUGGAGCCGCUAUUUGCGCGAAACCAAGGGCAUCGCACCGCAGUCUGCCUGGUUCCAGCAUCUCUCCGUUGAGGUAAUUAAGGAACAGGACUCGAAAAAUAAGUUCGAAAUCGGAAUGUCAUUGGAAGCGGACGAUCUCAGAAAAUCCGGAAAAGUGUGCGUGGCGUGCGUGGCGGAUAAAAUCAAAGAUCGCAUUCUGGUGCACUUUGAUGGAUGGGACGAGCGGUACGAUUACUGGGUCAGCAUAUAUUCGCCCAAUAUUCAUCCGAUCAACUGGCAUCACAACGCUAACGAACCUUUGAUCACUCCGCCCGAUACUAGUCCACGCAGCUUUGAGUGGGGACGAUACGUGCGAACGAAGGGACGCAUUGAGAAUCGAACGGUGCAUCCCGCCAGUCGGUUUCUGUUCAAUACGCGCAAUCCCGUUAGCUUCAAGGUUGGCCAGAAACUCGAGGUUGUUGAUCCCUUACAGGAACAGCUUAUGCGGCCCGCCACGAUCGUUGCAAUCGAUGGUUACGAGAUUCAGGUGUGCUUCGAUGGAUGGCCCUUGAGUUAUGCCUUCUGGGUUGCAGACGAUAGUCCUGACAUUCACCCAAUCAAUUGGUGUUCCUUGACCAAACACCCACUCGAAGUGCCUCCAAAUUAUAUCAAGCAGCAACAAGCAUCGCAAGGGGUAACAGGAACUUCAGCAGAAGGAACAGUGGGAGAAAUCAUGUGUGAGAUUGGAAUUUGCCAGGGCAAGGGAAAUAGUAAGUCAAACGAAAAUACUAGACACGAUCGGAUCCAGGAGUGCCCGUACAGGAUGAGUAACUGGAACAACGCAGAACGAAAGAAGCUUCGCAUCAGCAAUGAUCAAAUACAAAAGUAUAUCUCUACUACAUUGAAUGUACCCGAUAAGGACCAAUAUAGUGGCCAGCGAUCGAAGAGGAAGAGCGCCAUUAAUUGCCCCUCGUACCGUGCUCACAAAAGGCCUGAUAAUGCGGAGCUAGCAGCGAGCGCGUCAAACACGGACGAUUUGGACGUUCCUGUGAAGCGUAUCAAACAGGAGCCGGAGGAAGUAGAGGAGAAAGAGACAGAGGAAACGAUCGAAGAGGAAGGACCAUCCACAUCACUGCCUCCACCGCCGCCUCCACCGCACUCUGCUCAAGCUGCCGUACCUGCAGCGGCAUCAAAGUCCUGUCGCGGUCGAAUGGAAUCAAAGCGUAGUUUACUGAUGGAGGCCACGACAUCACGUCAUCAUCAAGCUUCUCAAUCGUCCAGUUACGUGCCUUCGUCGAAGCCCGUCGCUUUGAAAGCAAAGGGUGCACCUAGGGUCGUUGAGGAGCAACAGCGACGGCAUCCGCACCCACGCCCAUCACCAAAAAAGACAAACACUGAUACGGUCGCCCAACAACGACGGCUGCUGGAAAUCGCAAAGCCCGUUAUCGAAGGUUAUGGACCACAGUUCCUUCAUGCGUACGAGCUGUGGCAAAAGCAUUCGCGUUUCCUCGAUCAUUGCACGGACGGGUAUGGAGAGCAGCAGAAGAAUCCACUUUGUUGGACGAUCGACGAGACGGCACAGUACAUCGAGCAGCUGCCUGGUUGCGACGAGUGUGCGAUCAAGAUCCGCCUCGAGGAGAUCAACGGCAAGUCAUUUCUUAGCUUCAGCCGUAACGAUCUGGUGGAGUACAUGGGUUUCAAAGUUGGACCGGCGACCAAAAUCUACAAUGGUAUCAUCAAGCUUCGUCAGCUUGUUUCGAGCAAAUUUAUCCAACUGUAGUACGGUAGGCGUGAGUGAUUGCUGAUCGAUUGUAUUGCCUCGGAUUUUCACUUUUUCCAUUUUAAUCCAUCUUUUUCAAUUUAGUUUAUCAAAAAGGUAGUAGAUUAGGCAAUUUUAGAGCAAUACAUCCCUAUACAUACAAAUAUCUAUAUAGCACUAAUCCGAACCAAUCAAGCUUGUGCCACGUAAGAACGAUGUACGGGCAAAUAGGAGUUUAUUUUAGUCUAUAUUUUAGCUUAUCUUUUCCCAUGCCUGUGCCAAUUAGCAGUGGGUACGGUAUUAAGUUAUAUGUUGUAAAUAGAGUCUAGGAAGAAAAUUGAACAAAAACAGAUACAGAUGGAAUUUGCCCAACGCUUUGAAGCCAAGAGAUUAGCGAGAAAUUAAGAAGAAUAAGGUGAAAAAACAGGUUGUAUAUUAAACAGGAAGAAAUGAAGUGAUGAAAAUGAAAACAUUUAUUGAAGUUUAACUUUACCUUGCCAUAUCCACU